GCUUGUUUUUCAUUGGGUACUUGCUACGGCGUAUGCGAUUGGCGAAGUAAAUACAGUUUAGCCAAUACAGUUGCAGUGGGGCGGAAGAGCUGAAGUUUCCCUUCUGGUCGGCUCCUCUGGUAUAUAAAGGGGGGCGGCAGGCUCUGUUGCUUACAGUUUUCUGAUUCUUUUUGUGCAGACGCUUGUUGGUAGAUAUGUCUGGUCGCGGGAAAGGCGGGAAGGGUCUGGGCAAAGGCGGCGCCAAGAGGCACCGGAAGGUCCUUCGGGACAACAUCCAGGGCAUCACCAAGCCCGCCAUUCGCCGUCUCGCUCGCCGUGGAGGUGUCAAGCGCAUUUCGGGGCUCAUCUAUGAGGAAACCCGGGGCGUCCUGAAGGUCUUCUUGGAGAAUGUCAUCCGCGAUGCUGUGACUUACACCGAACACGCCAAGAGAAAGACCGUCACUGCCAUGGACGUUGUUUACGCCCUGAAGCGCCAGGGCCGCACUCUUUAUGGCUUUGGAGGUGAUCUCAGCCGUCAGGUACUCCAGCACCGCCGCCAUGUACACCGGCGCCCCGGCUCCGACCCGCUCGGCGUAGUUGCCCUUCCGGAGGAGACGGUGGACGCGGCCCACGGGGAACUGCAGCCCGGCUCUGGAAGAUCGGGUCUUGGCCUUCGCCCUCGCUUUGCCGCCUUGCUUGCCGCGUCCAGACAUGGAGAGAGAGGUUGUGGUUGCUUCAGAAAGAUGUCUGGUCGUGGAAAGGGCGGUAAAGGCUUGGGCAAAGGAGGCGCCAAGAGGCACCGAAAGGUCCUUCGGGACAAUAUCCAGGGCAUCACCAAGCCCGCCAUUCGCCGCCUUGCUCGUCGUGGAGGUGUCAAGCGCAUUUCGGGGCUCAUCUAUGAAGAAACCCGGGGCGUCUUGAAGGUCUUCCUGGAGAAUGUGAUCCGCGAUGCCGUAACUUACACCGAGCACGCCAAGAGGAAGACCGUCACCGCCAUGGAUGUGGUCUACGCCCUGAAGCGCCAGGGCCGCACUCUUUACGGCUUUGGAGGCUAAUUUUCCAGCCCUAAUCUCUUCAACAAAACCCCAAAGGCCCUUUUAAGGGCCACCCACGUUUUCCUCAAAAGAGCUGUGUUAACCCCA